AUGUUCCUUACUCGGCUACCAAUACGAUCUGCAAGAAAACAGUUAAAUGCUUCGGCAUGUCUGCUAUGUCAAUGGCGUUCGUUUACCACAACAUACCCACGAUUGAACGAAAAGAAAGAAACACCACCACCACCGGCGCCGGCAGCUCCUUCAGUACUAGAUGAAGCUCCAAGAGCUUCGGGCAAGAGAGUUGAAAGCUUUACGCCUAAACCUUUGGAUCGAGCAAUUGGUCUUCCCGACCCACCGAGAGCGGGAGAAAAUAGCGGGGUGGAUCCUAGGACCUAUAAACAGAGAAAAGAUGAUUUCGUCACUUGGGAGAAGCAUCUCGAAAAGCGCAAGAGAUUGACUGCGGCGAUAUCCAAGCCAUAUUUCAGAGAAUGGGGUAAUAUGAAAUACCACAAGGGAAAAACCUUCCUGGCACCUCCUCGAAUUUUCAAAAGCGAUCGCGCGCUCUAUUUCCCGAAUUUGAGCGGCCGAACUUUAGAGCCGGACUCAACCCUAUAUGAAAACACUACACCCAUAUUGGAGGGUAAGAUCUCCGUUGUUUCCGUGUACAGCGGCGCAUGGGCAGAGCACCAGGCAGCUACUUUUGCAUCCGAGAAGAGCAAUCCGGGUUUACACGAAGUAGUGAGAAAUAGUAAGGGAUUGGCACAAACUGUGCAUAUAAAUGUCGAGGAGAACUACCUGAAAGCUAUGCUCAUCAAGUUCUUUCGAUCGAGUUUGAGGAAGAAGCUACCAGAGUUGAUGUGGAAGAGGUAUUUUGUAGUCCAAAAGGGACUUACGGAUGAGAUAAAAGAUGCUAUAGGGAUGCUGAACAGUAAGGUCGGAUAUACAUACAUUCUAGAUGGGGAGUGCAAGAUUAGGUGGGCGGGUAGUGGUCCUGCUGAGGAAUAUGAGGUGGAUGUGUUGGCCAAGAAUGUUUCCAGACUCUUGGAGGAUGCUAAAGCACCCCUUAACGAGAAGAGACUGGCACAAAGUGCACAACAAUCAUGGGACUCUGCUGCAAAGAAAUGGAGUAAAGAAGAUGCAGCAAAAGCUGGUCGCCGAGCAUGA